UUCAACUCGACAUUGUGAUUAGUGAGUUGAAAUUUGAGAUUUAGAAUAUGAGUUGAGAUUUUCCCUGGAUAUUGACGAGAUCUGAAUUCAAAUAAGGUAAAUAUAAAAUGGGGUGUGCAACAAGUUCUAAUGGUGAGAAAGCAGCAGCUGAAAGAUCUAAAAAGAUUGAUAAAGGCCUUAGGGCAGAUGGAGAAAAUAUUGCCAAUGAAGUUAAAUUACUUUUACUUGGAGCUGGAGAAUCUGGAAAAUCUACAAUUGUAAAACAAAUGAAGAUAAUUCAUGAAACUGGAUAUAGUCAAGAGGAAUGUCAUCAAUUUAAACCUGCUGUAUACAGUAAUGCAAUACAAAGUUUAAUGACAAUAAUUCGAGCAAUGGAUCAACUUAAAAUUGAUUUCUCAGAUUCAAGUAGAUUUAAUGUUGCUAGGCAAUUUUUUACAAUAGCAUCAUCUACUGAAGAAGGUGAAUUAAAUAAUGAACUGGUUUAUUUAAUGAAAAUUUUGUGGCAAGAUGCUGGUGUUCAACAUUGUCUGACACGGAAUAGAGAAUAUCAAUUAAAUGAUUCUGCAGCUUAUUAUUUAAACGCUUUGGACCGUAUUACACAGCCAAAUUACAUUCCAACUCAACAAGAUGUUUUAAAAACUAGAAUAAAAACAACUGGAAUUGUGGAAACACGUUUUUCUUUUAAGGGAUUACAAUUUAAAAUGUUUGAUGUUGGUGGUCAGCGUUCAGAAAGAAAAAAAUGGAUCCAUUGUUUUGAGGAUGUAACUGCAAUAAUAUUUUGUGUUGCAUUAAGUGAAUAUGACUUAGUCCUCGCUGAAGACGAAGAAAUGAAUCGAAUGAUUGAAUCAAUGAAAUUAUUUGAUUCUAUUUGUAAUAGUAAAUGGUUUAUAGAUACAUCUAUUAUUCUUUUUUUGAAUAAGAAAGAUUUAUUUGAAGAAAAAAUUAAUAAAAGUCCACUAAGCAUUUGCUUUCCAGAAUAUAAAGGACAGAAUAGUUUUGAAGAAUGUGCUUCAUACAUUCAAAUGAAAUUUGAAAAUCUCAAUAAACGCAAAGAACAAAAGCAAAUGUAUUCACAUUUUACGUGUGCUACUGAUACAAAUAAUAUUCAGUUUGUUUUUGAUGCAGUAACAGAUGUAAUCAUACAAAAUAAUCUUAGCAGUUGUGGUUUAUUAAGUUAAGAAAUUUUGAUGAGUAUGUUGAAGUAAAUUAUGUUAUAAAAUUACAAUAAUUUUAUAGUA